AUAGAUCUGUUAAUAUUUUUUCUUCCAUUAUUCUAUUUCAUUCUUUAUUGUCCAUCUUGUCUAUUGAUAUUUUGUACAAAUAUAUGUAUUGGUUGAUAUCAAUUUUUAGGCAAAGAUAAUUUAAAGACAAAAAAAAACAAUCUCAUGGCUGUGCAGUUCUGCUUGCUACAUAUCUGUGAUGAACAUUGAAUUGGUAAAAGGUAUUGGCCACUAUCCCGAAGUCCAGUUUAAAUGAACACUAAAAUUUUGUUCUGCCAAAAAUAAUUAAAUUGUCUUUGGUUUACUAUGCUCUCUUUUAGUUAUUAUUCAAAGACAAUUAUGAAAUAUUUGAGUAUUAAAUAAGCUUCUUUUGGAUGGCUGGUGACUUAUAAUGAUCAAGGUACUGGAAUUCCACAAUUGCUUUAUGUUUUCCCCACUUGGCAAUAUUUAUUAUAGUUUCUUUGCACAUUUUAAUUAUUUUCCAGUUAAAAAUGGACACUGCUGAAUCAGCUCCUGAGAGAAAAAUGGCUGUUCAGGGUCAUGGGGUGAGCACCUGCAGUCAGCAUUAUGAGCUCUUGACCACCAAAGUAAGCAUCUGCUCAGUAAUUGCCAUUACAGGCAAGAAUAAAGUUGUCCUGCUUCAUGCCGACUCUAGCAUCAAGGAAGAAGACGUCCAGGAACUUGUCAAUGAUUUGAAGACAGAUGACGAAGAUGAUCCAAAUCCUAAGAUUAGCUACGUCUGUUCCAGCAAAGACGGAUAUGUUGAGAUGUGGAUGGACAUCAUGGGCGGACUGCUUCCAGAGUUCUGCUACCCACAACGGUCUCGGAUCAAGUUCUCUGCCGGGAAGUUCAGUGUAUGCAGCCUGGAUGAAUCCACGGAAGACUACUAUCACCUACCCAAGUCAGACCUGAUUGCCUUGGUGGACACAGAAUGUCUUUGGGCUUCUCUUUACUUUACUGACUCUAUCCGCUUUGGCCCGGUUCUCCUUGACACCAUGGAAGACCUCACGGAAGGCUUGAUAGCUGCAGGUAACGCCCUCUCUGUAGUGCAUCUGCUGAGCUUUGAUGGCAUCAUCAAGGAGAUACAAGUUGAUGCUUUCCUACGGCGCUACUGGAAGUCCACGAUACUUGGAAGGUUCCUUGAAGAGUUUUCACCCAACAUCUUGCCUUUGUUUGAGGGAAUGACCCAUCUGAGUGUUGCGGAAGUUCUUAGCAAAGAUCAGAUUAAGGAGGAGGACAAGAAGAAGGUUGAGGACAUCGUGGUGGACUAUGGCAUCCUGGUUCUUUCUUUUCUGGACAAUCUGAAAGACUAUGCUUACCCAAAUGCAUUCACAGGCAAGCAGGAAAGCAAAGCAAGUGCACCAGACUCUCCACCAUCAAAUUCUCCGUCAUCAAAGUCUCCGCCAUCAAAAUCUCCUCCAUCAAAAUCUCCUCCAUCAAACUCUGCACAAGAGAAGACGAAUGGACAGCAACCAGGCAGGCCAUCCAGAAGAGGUUCUCAAAGUGCUGACUCUCUUGGACCAUUGCUGUUUGAGGAAUCGUUCAAGAAUGUCAAAAUAAGCAAUGAUGGGCCUCCCAACCAACCCAGGCCCCGAAGAGCAAGUGCCAUAAAAUUGUAUGAAAAGAAGAGAUAGGUUUCCUAGGCAGGAUGUGUACUAAUCAAAAGCAUGCUAGGGGUUACGUAAACUCAAAACAAAAAAAUUGUUAAAGUAACAUGCUUUUUUUUUAAUAGUGAAAGCUGAAUUGUUGGAUUUUAUGGGUUGGUAAAAGUUCUCUGAAUUAUUGCUGCAUAAAACAUAUUUAUGCUUAAUAUCUUGCCUUUUAUGUGCAUGUUUU